CACUGGGGCUAUAAAUGACCACAGAGUCCAGAAAAGGUGUGUUCUACCACAGACUGGAGCUCAUGAGUAGGGUCUACCUGGGACUGGAGCAAACAGCAGACUACAUCACAGUCUACACACAAUCUUGAGCCCACUAUUGUGUCUCAGCCAUUGGAAAUGGAAAGCAUGCGGGAGUUGAUCCCCUUCGCCAAAGAGCUGCUGAGUCAGAAACCCAGCCGUGGUUUGCUGAAGGUCUACCUGGUGGGUUCCGUGUUUGCAGCGUUGGGGACAGUCAUUGGCCUGGUCGAGACCGUGUGUCACCCUUUCUUCCCCGGUGAGCCCAUGGACGCAGAGAUGCUCUUCAUGUUGGCCCGGGAGCAGAGGACUGUUGAGGCCCAGAUACAGCGCAAUGCGGCCGGCCAGGAAGAGGAGGAGGAUCAGCUGGCUCAUGACAAUGAGGCCACGACUCAGAGCACCAACCUCCACAAGACCCAUACACUCUGCCAACGGAGCGUGGCCAACCGGCUGCACGCUUCCUAAAGCCAGAGGGGCCAAUCCUAAGUGACUGGAGAUAUUUAUUAGGGAAGUGCUCCUGCUACAGCACUGAGUUGGCCAACACAUACAUAAUCUGAAGCUUUAUAGACAGAAGUGUCGGAGCUGCCUGCCAUUCUCUUCUGCUUAUUAAUGAUGCCUAAAGGUGCUGUCGGAAAUGUGUCUUAGUAUGCCUUCGAGUAUGAAUUGAGACUUUUUGACAGGCCAAACUACUGUCGUGAGAUCAUGGAAAACAUGUCAGUAAUACAGUAUGUGGUAUAAGUGAAGUGUACAAUAACUCAGUGAGAGCAAUGGCUGUGUGGUUCCUCAGGGACCGUCUGAUUGGAUCCUCUUAAAUGACAGACCUGUUGGAAAAUGGAUAAAUGCAAGUCAUAGACAGUUGUGUAUAUUUAAGUAAAUCUGAAACAUUUCUCCCAUGAUAAUCUUUCUUUACCAAACAGUGGUCUGUAGGAUAAUAGGACUCUAGCUAGUCUAACAAGAUGAAUGAGCCCUGAAAUAAAUAAAACCCAUUAUUUGUGCUACAUAAAACCCUCCUUUGUCAUUUUGCUGCUGAAACACAAUUUUUGGUUUCUAACAGAAAAAGGGAAACAGCAGACAGACAAAACUACUUUCAACAAGGUCCAUUUUGUUGAUUUUUUACUUAGGCGGUUGAUGUUUAUGAGGAGUAUGUAAGGGCAGCAGCAUGGCGUCCACAGUCUGCCCGGCUGUAAGCUGCUGUGUAGCGCUGCCUGCUGUCUGCUGGAUGUAUCUCAUCUGCUAAUCCAGGCAUGAACUGGGUACAAUGAGAGGAACCUUUGUUGUAAAUAUUAUGCUAUGUGCAAAUACUGUAAAUAUACAUUCUUUUUCAUACCAAUAAAGUUCAUUUUAUUUAUAAAGACUG